AUGGAUCCGCGAUUGCACGCGACUCGCAGGGACUGUCCGCCGGCGGCCGCCGUGGCAUCGCCGCGACCUACCUUCCCCCUCGCCGGCGCCGCCCACCAACCCUACGUCUCCGAGCUCCUCUCCUUCACCCUCGAUCGCCUCCACAAGGAGCCGGAGCUUCUCCGCGUCGAUGCGGAGAGGAUCAGGAGGCAGAUGCAAGAAGUCGCGGUCGGGAACUACAGGGCCUUCAUCGCUGCUUCUGACGCCCUCUCUUUCGUUCAAGAGCAGCUCACUGGCUUCGACAAGCACUUAGAAUCGCUGAUAACUGAGAUCCCGAAUCUGACGACGGGUUGCACUGAGUUCCUCGAAUCGGCGCAGCAGAUUUUGGAGGAGAGGAAGCUGAAUCAGACGUUGCUGGCAAAUCAUAGUACUUUGCUCGACUUGCUUGAAGUUCCGCAGCUAAUGGACACAUGUAUACGUAAUGGAAAUUAUGAUGAGGCCCUUGAUUUAGAAGCUUUUGUGUCCAAACUGUCAAAAAUGCAUCCCGACUUACCUGUCAUCCAGGCACUGGCAGCAGAAGUAAGACAGACAGCACAGUCUCUUCUCUCUCAGCUUCUUCAUAGACUUCGGACGAAUAUACAGUUGCCUGAAUGCCUUCGUAUUGUUGCUCACUUACGGCGCAUAGGGGUAUUCAGUGAAUCGGAGAUGCGUUUACAGUUCUUGAGGUGCAGAGAAGCAUGGCUUUCUGGCAUUCUUGAUGACUUGGAUCAAAGAAAUGUCUACGAUUAUUUGAAAGGGAUGGUAAAUUCUCACAGGAUGCAUCUCUUCGAUAUUGUCAAUCAAUACCGUGCCAUAUUCAGCAAUGAUAAAUCGGGGAGUGAAGAGAACUCUGACGGUGGACUUCUUUUCAGUUGGGCUAUGCAUCAAAUUGAAAAUCACUUGACUACUCUAGAGGUCAUGCUUCCCAAGAUUACAGAAGGUGGAUCUCUGUCAAACAUCCUUGAUCAGUGCAUGUAUUGUGCAAUGGGUCUUGGUUUGGUUGGGUUGGAUUUCCGAGGCCUGCUUCCGCCGCUUUUUGAAGAUGCAGUUCUUAAUCUAUUCUCAAAAAAUUUGAGGACGGCAGUUGAAAAUUUUCAGGUGGUCUUAGAUUCACAUCGGUGGGUUCCUUUACCAUCUGUAGGCUUUACGACCAAUGGUGCAAUUGAUGAAAACCAGGAUGAUGUGACUCCACCUUCUGUUUUGAUGGAGCAUCCGCCUAUUGCAGUAUUUGUUAAUGGUGUUUCAGCAGCUAUGAAUGAACUACGACCUUGUGCCCCAUUAAGCUUGAAGAACAUUUUGGCUCAAGAGGUUGUUAAGGGAUUACAGGCCGUUUCUGACUCUUUAAUUAGAUACAACGCCAUCAGGGUGCUCCGAGGAAACGAGUCAACUCUCUUCCUUUCCCUCUGUCAAGCAUUUAUUGAGGUGGCAUAUCCAUAUUGUGCAAAUUGCUUUGGCCGUUGUUACCCCAAUGGAGCUGCUUUGAUCAUAGAAUCUAAAAGUGCUUUUGAUGGCGUAAGCCAACUAGUUACAGUGGCUCCUGUAAGAGGACUUAAAAGCUCCGUCAUGGAGAGUGUUGAGGUGAAACAUACAAGUGAGAAUGGAGGUGAUAUGGUGGUAGUAGGUAAUGUAACUUCAGUUGAUGAUUCAGUAUUGGAGAAUUCUGGUACAGAUCAGAAGGGCACGGAGACUAGCCGAUUAGAAUCUAGAAGCAGCAUAUAGUUCAGUUUUGAAGUGAUAAUUUUAGUCAAGACGUCGCGAAAGCCGAAGAAUGUAUUGUCGAUAAAUCAAGAGAGCAAUGCAGCAACAAGAAAAGGAUUUUGCUCUCAUUUUAUGGGCUCCAUCUUCAGUUAUGCCCACGGUGCACGUGAUGUUUCGCAGUUUUACUCAUGUUAUACAAGCACCCUUCAUCCUCAACAUUAUCUUCAGUCGACAUCAUUAUUCCCAUUAAUUUCUUGUUCUUUAGAUUUCGUCCAUCUCUCGUAAUUGGAGCUUAUUUUAUUCUGUGAUAAUAUCCGCUCGAGGUUUUACAAGUUUCAGUCUUGUGAUUGCGUUCUCUUUCCUCCCUGUAUGAUUUUUGUAAGUCUUUUUUUUCGCCACAGUUGACAUUUCUGAACGUAUACAGUCUACAUGAAUCUUUAUCAUCUUCUUA